AUGGAGCAUCACGUUGUUCGCCAACUGGCGGUAUAUCUUCAGAAUAUUCGCAAACUAUUCAAUCCUACAAGCGUGCUUCUGGCAGGUCUGUCUAUACUAGCCCUCAGCAAGUCCUCAAAAAUUCUGCAGAGCAGGAAACUACAAAAAACUUUGAGCGAAUCUCACAUCGACGAAACUGCUUUUCCUGAUGAAGCUGAGAUUCGCCGCAUACUGGAACGCAUUGGCAUUGCUGGGCCACGAACAACAGGCAGUGAAGCGCACAACGACUUGAUCGACUGGCUGGAGCAAGAGUUACGGAAGCUACCUGGCCUUGAGCUUCGAAGCGACAAGUAUGACAUUUUACGAUGGCAGACACAUCCAGGUACUUCACUUGGAGACACUGGCAGACUGGUGGUGUCCGCGAAGGAGGGCGAUGAAGAAAUAACUAUCUCCGGAGCAGUGCCCUUCUCGAAAGUUGUGUCGAGCCCAGACGCACCACUAGUCUACCUGCCUGGAAGAAAGCCGAUCACCGAAGAGAAUGCGAAAGGAAAGAUCAUCUUGAGAGAUUUCCCGAUGCAUUCUAUGCCUUAUCCUCUAAUCUUCCUUCUAUGCCACUCGAAGACCUCGGAUUUCAAGAAAGACAUGUUUGGUAGCUACAAGCGUCCGGGUUUUGCAGACUUGGCUUUGAAGGAUGACCUUCUCGAGGCUGGCAGGGCUGGAGCUGCAGGGAUGAUCAUCAUGUUCCACGUGGGACGAGAAGAAGUAGAGUCCUACUUUGAGCCACACCAAGGAAUGCACUAUCGGAUUCCAGCUGUGUACGUAGGCGUCGACGAAGCGACUAGACUGAAAGAGUACGCUUCUCAAGGCUGCUCCGCAACUGUCUCAGUGGACGGGGAAGUAGCGCCAGCCACGACUCGCAACUUACUAGCAGUCCUUCCCGGACAGAGUGAAGAGCGAGUGAUCUUCGAAUCGCACACCGACGGCAAUACCUAUGUACAGGAAAACGGCCCAGUCGCAUUGCUAGCCCUGGCACAGUACUUUACCAAGCAACCACUCAGCUUGCGAACACGGACAAUCGAGUUCGCAUUCAACAGUGGUCACCUACACAUUUCCAAGGAAGGCAGUCAUCGACAUGCACAGCAGCUAGACCGCGAGUUCGAUCGCGAGAAGCUUACUUUGGUCAUCCCUGUUGAACAUUUAGGCACCCGAGAGAUCGAAGAACGAGUCCGCCUCGAUGGAAAGCCUGGUAGCACUUUGGAGUACACUGGACGCGGAGAAAUGAUGAUCUGGUGCGUGGGACCCAGUCCUCCGGUCGUCUCUGCGGUCCAACAAGCAGUCAAUCGACGUAAACUCGACCGUGUUAUUGUUGCACCUGGCAUUUCGAAACCGGACAGGUCAAGAGUGCCUACCUACUCCUCGUUCGGUGGGAUUGGCACAUACUACCACAAUGCGCUACUUCCCACGACUUCUCUCAUCUCUGGUCCUUGGUCGUUGUGGGCGCCUCGUUUCGGCAGCUCCGCGGUUGAUGUGUCGCGGUUGAGGGCGCAGACGCUCGCCAUUGGCGAUGUCUACCUGGCGUUGGAAAGUACAUCGCGGAAGGACAUUAUUGGCGGAUAUGCAGGGUAUAGGCGUCGUAGAGAGACGGGUGCAAAUGUGACGACAAGUUUCACACCCGAGGAGAUGGCCUGA